AUGGCGGACGAUCUUGCAGUAGACAAAACCCCAGGUUUCAAGGUGGGGGAGAAGAAAACACUGGACGAAUAUCAGAAACUGGACCAAGAAGAUGAAGCCCUGAACAGAUGGAAGGCAUCUCUCGGCCUUGCCACUGGCAAGUCAAUCUCCAACCCCAAUGACCCUCGCCUGUGUAUCAUCAAAUCCCUCGCCUUGGAAGUCGAAGGCAGACCAGACAUCACCAUCGACCUCGCACAGCCAGGCGCCCUCGAGACGCUGAAGAGCAAGCCAUUCACCAUCAAGGAGGGUAGCAGAUACCAGAUGAAAGCGGUCUUUGUCGUCCAGCACCAAGUUCUCUCCGGUCUCAAAUAUGUGCAGUCCAUCAAGCGGAAAGGAAUUCCUUUGGGUAAGGAUCAGGAGAUGAUCGGCAGCUAUCCUCCUAACACCGUCGACAAACCAACAUACACCAAGAAGUUUGCUCCGGAGGAGGCUCCUUCAGGUAUGAUGGCUCGGGGCCAUUACGACGCGGUCUCUCGUUUCGUCGACGACGAUGAUGUGACCCAUCUCAAGUUCGAGUGGUCCUUUGAUAUCGCCAAAGAUUGGAAAUGA